AUGGAGAGGAUGCAGCUCGGCGUGGCCGCCAUGGACCGCAAGGCCCGUAGCAAACCCAUGCAGAACAUCCUCAACCGUCUCAUCAGCACCAAAGAAUUCGACGUCAUCAUCUUUGGCGAAAAAGUCAUCCUCGACGAACCCGUCCAAGAUUGGCCCAUCGUCGACGUUCUCAUCUCGUUCUUCUCCACUGGAUUCCCUUUGGACAAGGCGAUCUCGUAUGCGGACCUGCGCAAGCCCGUGCUGGUCAACGAUCUGAGGCUGCAGCAGGUGUUGUGGGAUCGACGCGCCGUGUUGGCCAUCCUGGACAGUGUCGGUGUGCCCACUCCGCGCCGGCUCGAGGUGGACCGCGACGGCGGACCUGAUUUGGAAGAUGUCAUCAUCCAGGACCUCAAAGACCGCGUGGGUGCCGAUCUGCGCAAGGACCGCGGCGUCAAGGAAUGCAAACUCGACAACUACGACACCCUCUCCAUCGGAGGUCACACGAUCUCCAAACCCUUCGUAGAAAAACCCGUCUCGGGGGAAGACCACAACAUCCACAUCUACUUUCCCAAGAACCGCGGCGGUGGAGGUCGCCGCCUCUUCCGCAAGGUCGGCAACAAGUCGUCCGAGUACGAUCCCAACCUGUUCGAACCGCGCACCGAUGGGUCGUACAUCUACGAGGAGUUUAUGGACGUCGACAAUGCCGAGGACAUCAAGGUCUACACCAUCGGACCGCACUUUGUGCAUGCCGAAACGCGAAAGUCGCCCGUGGUGGAUGGCGUGGUGAAGCGCAACCCGGACGGAAAGGAGAUUCGCUACAUCACCAAGCUCAGCGACGAAGAGAUCCAGAUGGCAACUAACAUCUCCAAGGCCUUCAAGCAGAACAUUUGCGGCUUCGACCUCCUUCGUGUCGGAGGCAAGAGCUACGUUAUCGACGUCAACGGAUGGAGCUUUGUCAAGGGCAACGAUUUUUACUAUGACAAGUGCGCCGAGAUCCUGAGUGGGUUUUGUCGGAACAAUGUGGUUCGGCGACCGAUUGCAGGGGGUGGGGUGGGAAGUGCUAGUCCUCGGGAACGUGAGAGGAGCGCAUGGAACCUCAAGGCGAGCGUCACGGUGUUUCGACAUGGGGAUCGAACGCCGAAGCAGAAGCUCAAACGGUCGUUCAAGCCGUCCGAGACGUGGGCGGCGCCGCUCAUUGCGUUGCUGCAAGGGAGGAGAGAGGAGAUCAUUCUCAGGACGCAACUCGAGCUGGUCUCCACCGCCGCUUCCGAGGCGCUCGCCCUCCCAGGGGCAAACACCGAGGACCUCGAACUCAUCAUCCAGCUCAUCAACCGCAAAAAGGACAUGGGCGGUACCAAGGUCCAGAUCAAACCGAGCUUCGACAAGACCUCAGGCGAGCUGGCCAAGAUGCAGCUCAUCAUCAAGUGGGGCGGCGAAUUCUCCCAUGCUGCACGUCAUCAAGCCAAAGAUUUCGGCAACAACAUGCGCAAAGACAUGAUCAUCAUGAACGCCGAUGCGCUGUCCAACUGCACGGUCUAUACGUCGAGCGAACGACGUGUCACUGCAUCGGCCGAGAUCUUUGCCGCUGCAUUUUUGGACGAGUCGAGUGGCGAAAAGGAGAUGAUCAUCCGCAAGGAUCUGUUGGACGACUCGAAUGCGGCCAAGGACGUGAUGGAUGUGGUCAAGAAGAAGCUCAAGGCGUCGUUGCGACCGGAUUCGCCGGAGGCGAACAGCAUUCCGGAUGAUUGGCCGGAGGAUCUGCCCCCACCGGCGCGGUUGGCGUUGGACAUUGCGCGGCUGCUGGCGGUGUUGCGGGAGAUCAUGCGCCAGAACUACAAGACGCUGGGUAAAGGGGUGGAGAGGGUGCAGACAAGGUGGUGCACCCACGAGACGCCGUCGUUGUUCCGCGAACGGUGGGAGAAGCUCUUCAACGACUUUGAGGAGGAUCCGCACGAUCCAUCGAGGAGUUCCGAGUUGUACGAUAUGCUGAGCCACGAUGGACUGCAUAAUCGGCAGUUCAUCGAGACGGUCUUCGCCGAUCCGAGCAUCGAGGGCGAGGAUACCGAUGCCAAGCUCGUCCACUUGCACGAGCUGUAUCGGAAGGCUUUGGCACUGUUCUCGUUCAUUUGCCCGAGAGAGUACGGGAUUACACCCGAAGAAAAGGAGGAGAUCGGGUUCCUCACCUCGAUGCCGUUGCUCAACAACAUCGUGGAAGACCUCAAAGGUGCCAAGGAGAGCAAGGGCAUCUGCAGUCUCUACUUUACCAAGGAGAGUCACAUCCAUACGCUGCUCAACCUGGUGCUUGCCUCGGAGCUCAAUGUGGUGAUGCCCAAGAUCCCGGCGUUGGACUACUUUGCCAGCAUCACGUUCGAGGUGUACGAGCGCAACUCUUCCACAACCGAUGGGGACAGUCCGACAUCGCAACAGCAGCAGCAGUAUUCGUUGCUCAUCAGCGUCUCGGAGGGCGCCCACUCGAGCAAUAUCUUGAGUAUCAACCUUGAUGCUAGACACGCAUUGACUCCGUUGCCCAGAAGACCAUUGACGACGCACAUGGACUUCGACGACGCCAUGGCCAAACUCGAGGCUCACAGCAGUAGGGAUAGUCGCGUGGAGAGAGGCAUGGUCGAGGGCUCAACGGUGUUCUUUGGUCAGGAGGACCCGGAUCGCCAGUUCAUGCCCAUCAAGAAUAGACGGGAUAGCGUCGAUACGGAUCGAAGCUCGGUUCGACAGGGUUGA